UGUAGUCCAAAACAUCUGGAGGGCCGAAGUUUGGGGAUGCCUGCUGUUGUGUAUUGAGUCAAAGGAUUUUAUAUCUGUAUUAUUAUUGUCUGUAUUUGCAUUAGGAUAAAGUAACUGCCUUUUGGUUCCAGAGGGUACAGCUACUAUUGGUUCAUUUAAGCUGCUGUAUUUGGAUCCUCUGUCUUACUGGUUCCCUCCAAAAGGCAGCACUGUGAUUGCCUGAUAUUGUUCCCUCCAAAAUGUAUCCCUUCCUAGCUAGUCCCCUGUCCCUAUAAAUGUAGCUUUCCUCUCCUCAGUCUUCAGUCUUGUUCACUUUAAUAAAGAGCUGUUACUAGAGAACUGUCUCCAGCAUGUUAUGUGAAGAGAGCUGAAAUCACAAACCCCACGUUACAACAACUGGCGACGAGGAUGGGAUCCGGAAUGCUGAGGAGCGGUUAAACACAGCCCUGCCUCAGAGUCCGGAUUGCAACUGAGAACAAGACUCACUGGCCAGCUGAGAAGACGACCCUGCCCGCUAGGACAAUGGAGAGUCCAAGGGUAUUGGAGCCCUUCCAGCCAUCAGAGCCCCACACGUGGGAAGACUACGUCGAACGCUUCGAGUUCUUUGCAGUGGCUCAAGGGAUCACCGAUGCCAGCAAAAGAAGGGCCACAUUCCUGAGCUACUGUGGGCCCGAGACCUUCAAGCUGGCCAAGGCAUUGCUUGCUCCAGCGAAGCUGAGUGAAACAUCUCUCAAAUAUAUUCUUGCCUGCCUAACGAGCCACUUGGCGCCUACUGAGACCAAGAUGGCCCGGCGGAUGGAGUUCCAUAAGAGGCAGCAGCGUGCUGGGGAGUCUGUAUCCACAUUUCUGGCUGAGCUCCGGAAGCUCGCUCAGCACUGCGGCUUCCAAAAUCUGGAAGAGACUCUCCUGGAUCGGUUUAUUGGGGGUCUGAGCAGCAAGAAAGCCAGAAGACGCAUCGUGGCUAAAGAAGAGGUUACCCUUGCUUCAGCCUUGAAGGAGGCCACCGCCACGGAGAAUUAUGAAAGAGAGGAGCUUGAUGCCAGUCGCAAGGCCACUAAGCCACAGAUAGAAGUUGCGCAUGCCAUGGACGAGCUAGAGGCUACUCCGAGCCAGAGCCCAGUCCGUGGGGUCGAGUCGGUGCGUCAGGCCUGCACAGUGCACAAAGAUCGCCGAGGCAGUUGCCCAGGUUGUGGCGGAAACCAUGAGCGGAAGAGUUGUCGUUUCAGGGAUGCUGUGUGCCGGACGUGUGGAAAGACUGGUCACAUUGCCAGGGUCUGUAGAUCGGCGGCGUCGGGAGCAACAGGAGCACCUAGACUGGAGCAUCGCAGACCGCCCACAGCAACUCGUUUUCUAAAGGACUGCCACUACGUAACGGAGAUCAACGGGAGGGCCGUGCAGUUUCCAGCGCAAGGCAAGGCACACGUCAAGGUGAAGAUUGAGGGUCAGCAGUGCGACAUGGAGGUGGACUCCGGAUCUGCAUUCACCAUCGUGUCGGACCAGACCGCGAAGACAUUCUUCCUCAGGGGUAAGUUGCCCCCUCUGGAGCCCUUCCCGGCAACCUUGCAGUCGUACUCAGCAGGCCGCAUCCAUGUUAUGGGAAUGUGUGCCGUGAGAGUACAGUUCCGGGACAAACAGGCUGUACUCAAACUGGUGAUUGCGAAGGGCAGUCGCCCCAGUCUCCUGGGCACUGACUGGUUCCCCGCCCUGGGACUGAGUAUCUCAGGGCUUAAUUCAAUCCAAACCUGCCCUGAGAUGAGCGAGGCAUUAUGCAAGGAAUUUGCUGGUCUCUUUAAUGGAAAACUGGGUUGUUACAAAGGGCCCCCAGUUGACUUCGAGUUGGACCCCGGGGUGGCCCCAAUCCGACUCAAACCAAGGCGAGUGCCAUUUGCACUGCAACCCAAGAUCGAGGCAGAGCUGGAUAAAUUGGUCAAGCAGGGAGUUCUCUCACCCGUGGACUCUGCUAAGUGGGAGACUCCAAUCGUCACGCCCCUUAAAGCAAAUGGGGAAGUCAGGAUAUGUGCAGAUUACAAAUGUACUAUCAAUAAGGCACUCAGGGGAAACUCAUACCCCAUUCCAGUCGUAUCACAUCUGUUGGCUAAACUGGCUGGGGGCAAGGUGUUCGCCAAAAUUGACCUGGCACAAGCUUACCAACAGCUGCCAGUAACCCCACAAUCAGCGGAAGCACAGACUAUUGUCACACAUAAAGGGGCGUUCAGAGUUAACAGAUUACAGUUCGGAGUUUGUGUGGCCCCAGAGAUUUUCCAAGGGCUCAUGGAACGCCUGUUAAGAGGUCUGCCGGGGGUCUUGCCAUUUUUUGAUGACGUUUUGAUUGCUGGAAAAGACCCACAGGAACUGGUUGCGCGUGUCCGUGCAGUGUUGCUCAAGUUCAAGGAGGUGGGGUUGCAACUGAAAAAAGAAAAAUGCAGUUUUGGGGUGCCAACUGUGGAUUUCUUGGGGUUUAAAAUUGAUGCAUCAGGCAUCCACCCCACAGAUGCUAAGAUUAAGGCCAUCAUCGAGGCACCACGACCACAGAACAAGACGGAGUUGCAGUCAUUCCUGGGACUUAUUAACUUUUAUCAUUCGUUCUUACCCCAGAAAGCUUCGGUAGCUGAACCAUUACAUAGACUAUUGCAGAAAAAGAAUGUGUGGCGAUGGGGGCGGGAGCAGCAGAAGGCUUUUGACUCCUUGCGAGGAAUGCUGAGUAGCAGGAGCGUCCUUGCUCAUUAUGAUGAGUCAAAGCCGCUGGUCCUGGCAUGUGAUGCCUCUCAAUACGGUCUGGGGGCUGUGCUGAGUCAUAGGGAACCGGAUGGGUCGGAAAAGCCCAUCUCUUUCUAUUCCCGUACGUUGUCGCCCACAGAGCGCAACUAUGCUCAAAUUGAUAAAGAGGCACUGGCUAUUGUGUCCGGAAUCAAAAGGUUCUAUGAUUAUUUGUACGGUCGCCAUUUCUCCAUUGAAACGGACCACAAACCACUGUUAGGGUUGUUCAACCCAAACAAACAAACGCCACAAAUUCUCUCCCCCAGAAUGUUGCGUUGGUCAAUAUUCCUGAAUGGGUUCCAGUACGCCUUGACCCAUGUGCCAGGGAAACAGUUGUGCCAUGCUGAUGCGCUGAGUCGAUUGCCCCUUCCUGGCGGGAGCAAUGAGGAUCCUGCUCCGGCGGAGCACAUUAUGAUGCUAGAAACACUUCCAGGGGCUCCUGUAACAGCUACGGAUAUAGCUGAGAAAACUAGGAAAGAUGCUGUUCUCUCCCGUGUGCUCACUUGGGUGGGGAGGGGGUGGCCAGGUGGUCCGCAUGAAGAAAAAUUCAGGCCUUAUGCGACAAGGCAGCACGAAUUGUCCAUGCAUAAGGGUUGUCUCCUAUGGGGAUAUAGGGUGAUCAUCCCAGCACCACUGAGAAACAGGGUUCUUGAGACGCUUCACAUGGGACACCCGGGAAUGGUCAGAAUGAAGUCGCUAGCCCGAUGUUAUGUGUGGUGGCCUGGAAUGGACCAGAACAUAGAACAAUGGGUACGAACAUGCAAGGCAUGCCAAGAGGUGCGGCCAGAAGUGGCCAGAGCACCAGUCCACUGGUGGGAGCAGUCCAGGACUCCCUGGAGCCGGCUGCACAUAGAUUUUGCUGGGCCAUUCCAAGGGAAGGUCUUUUUGGUUAUCGUUGAUGCAUAUUCCAAAUGGUUAGAAGUGGCGAUGGUCCCUAGCAUGGCAUCAGCUGCCGUAAUCAAGGUGUUGAGGCAGCUGUUUGCUACCCACGGGUUACCUGAGACCAUUGUAUCAGAUAAUGGGGCAGCUUUUGUAUCCCAAGAAUUCAGGGCAUUCUUGGCUGAUAACUUUAUAAGAGGGGUCACAUCCGCGCCCUUUCACCCAUCCUCCAAUGGGCAGGCUGAGCGCAUGGUAAGAACAGCCAAAGAAUCCAUUGCGCGCUUAAUGGAGGGUAACUGGUCGGCUCGCAUUGCGCGAAUGUUAUUUUUGCAGCAUGCGACACCGUAUUAUGUCCACCCAGAUAAAAUGCCAAACCGUAAUUCAAGAGCAACCCCCCAGGCUGAGACUGACACAACAAGGUAUCUCGCCCCUGAAGAUCUGGUCUGGGUGAGGAACUAUUCACGAGGUCCGCGGUGGGUGGCCGGUGUGAUCACCCGGGCUAGUGGACCUGUGUCCUAUUAUGUGACCUUGGAAAAUGGGCAAGUUUGGAAGAGACAUAUAGAUCAGCUGAGGCGCCGGGCGCUCAGCAGGGAGGAGUCAGAUAAUUCAUCCCUGGCUAAUGACGCACAGCUGCGAGACCAGAGUGAAGAUGGCCCAGAGGUGCAGUCACCAGGGGCUUCAGCAAAUGAACCAGGGUCUGCUAGUCCUCAGGAUGACGAGGUACAGGUCGGGGACCCUGAGAUGUCUGGGACUCCAUCUGUUCCUGAUGAAACCCCUAUAGCAGCCCCUCCACCACAGGUAACACCCAAUCCAGAACCUGCAACACCUGUUGUCAGGAGAUCAGGUAGAAGUUGUAGGACCCCACAGUACCUGAGGGAUUAUGUCUGCUGUGCUCACUAGGGGGGGAGGGGUGUUGUGUAUUGAGUCAAAGGAUUUUAUAUCUGUAUUAUUAUUGUCUGUAUUUGCAUUAGGAUAAAGUAACUGCCUUUUGGUUCCAGAGGGUACAGCUACUAUUGGUUCAUUUAAGCUGCUGUAUUUGGAUCCUCUGUCUUACUGGUUCCCUCCAAAAGGCAGCACUGUGAUUGCCUGAUAUUGUUCCCUCCAAAAUGUAUCCCUUCCUAGCUAGUCCCCUGUCCCUAUAAAUGUAGCUUUCCUCUCCUCAGUCUUCAGUCUUGUUCACUUUAAUAAAGAGCUGUUACUAGAGAACUGUCUCCAGCAUGUUAUGUGA